GCCUCGUCGUGGCCAUCAUCGCAUAUCAGAAGGAAAAAUGGAAGACAUGGUGUUGAUAUUCUCAUCCCUCUCUCUUGUCGUCGUCGCCGUUGCUUUCAAGCUGAUCAUCCGCCUUCGAACAGCAACACCCAAACACCUCCCUCCCAGCCCACCUUCUCUCCCAAUUCUGGGUCAUCUCCAUCUCGCUAAAAAACCUCUCCACCGGACUCUCCACAGCCUCUCGCAAAAAUACGGCCAAAUUUUCUCUCUCCGAUUCGGUUCCCACCUGGUGGUUAUCCUAUCGUCCCCAUCCGCAGUCGAAGAAUGCUUCACCAAAAACGACAUUGUCUUAGCAAACCGUCCUCCCUCCCUAGCGGGCAAGCAUAUCGGCUACAACAUGACCACCGUGGUAACAGCCCCCUACGGCGACCACUGGCGCAACCUCCGCCGAAUCUGUGCGCUAGAGAUCUUCUCAACCAACCGCCUCAACAUGUUCUUGGGCAUCCGAAGGGACGAGAUCAAGCGUUUGCUGCGCAAUCUAGGACGCAACUCGUCCCAAGAUUUCACCAAGGUGCAGCUAAAAUCAAUGUUCUUGGAGCUCACCUUUAACAUCAUAAUGGGGAUGGUGGCCGGGAAGAGGUACUACGGGUACGGGGAGGACGUGAAGGACGAGGAAGAGGCAAGGCAGUUUAGGAAGAUAAUGAGAGAGAUUACCGAGAAUGGAGGGGCGUCCAAUCCUCAAGAUUUCGUGCCCAUUUUGCGGUGGAUUGAUCAUGGGGGUUUCGAGAAGAGGCUGAUGGGGCUUGCCAAGAAGACGGAUGCCUUCUUGCAAGCUCUUAUUGACAAGAUGAAGGGUAACGAGGAGGGAAACACUAUGAUCCACCAUCUUCUUUCUUUGCAGAAAUCACAGCCGGAAUACUAUACUGACCAGAUUAUUAAAGGCCUUAUUUCGGUCAUGCUAUUUGCUGGGACUCACACUUCAGCAGUAACAUUAGAGUGGGCAAUGUCCAAUCUGCUCAACAAUCCUCAUGUGUUGAAGAAGGCCAAAGCUGAGUUGGACAGUAAAAUAGGGGAAGAGAAUUUGAUGGAUGAACCAGAUAUGUCUAAACUGCAUUACCUUCAAAGCAUAAUCUCAGAGACCCUUCGACUGUACCCGGCGGCCCCACUACUAGUACCCCACAUGUCCUCUGAUGAUUGCACCAUCGAAGGAUACGAUGUACCACGUAACACAAUGUUAUUGGUGAAUGCAUGGGCCAUACACAGAGACCCCAAGGUGUGGGAUGAUGCAACCAGCUUUAAGCCCGAGAGAUUUGAGUGCGGCGAGGCUGAGGCUCACAAGUUAAUGCCAUUUGGGCUAGGAAGGAGGGCCUGUCCAGAGGCAGGGCUCGCCCAAAGAACGGUGGGAUUGGCUUUGGGGUCAUUGAUUCAGUGCUUUGAGUGGGAAAGGGUUGGCAAGGAAGAAGUAGACAUGGCUGAAGGUAAUGGAAUCACCGUGCCCAAAGCGGUGGCACUGGAGGCCAUGUGUAAGGCGCGCCCCAUUAUGAAUAACCUUCGUUCCAAGUUUGUAGAUCAUGUUUGAAUAAUGUAGUGUACAAGAGUUUUGAUCUUUUUCUCUUUCUUAGCUUCUACCGGAUAAUAAUUUGUGUCUCAAAGGUUUAUGUAUGGAUUGAAAAUAAAUAGCAUUAAGGGAAUUUUGAAAUUCAA